UGUAUUUUUGAUAAAAAAUACCAUAAUUGUAAGAAUUCUGAGCGCAGCACAACGUGGUUCUUGUAAAUAAAUAUAAAAAUACAUAAAAUUCCAUAUAAAUAAACAAGAUGUUCCGCCUGCAACAAUCCCAACCUGACCCAGCGGAGGAGCAAAAGCGAGUGGCCGCCGAAGUGCGCUUCAACUUCAUCCUGUUCGGCACAAUCUGCGCUGCCAUCAGACUGGCUCCCGUAGUGCUGCAGCAUUUGAAUACGUCCUAGGAUUAAAGUCAUUAUCAAUCAAUGGAAACUUAGAAGUUAAUGAGAGCUAUCAAUUAUUUAGUUGUUCAAGAAAUUUAGUCAAGAUCCUAGCAACUGACACACAAAUUGCAUUUAUCCGAAGGCACUUUGACUAAUUUUAAAAUCAUGUUUAACUCGAGGCAUUUGAAGUGUUUUAAACAUUAUUGAAGAUCUUAAAAACUAUCAAAAAUGAACCUGUUAACAAUAUGUUGAAAAUGAAAUAAAGGUCAAGAUUUAAACAA